GGGUGGGAACCGUGGCCGGGUGACGUCAAGGCGCGGCAGCCAUUACACGGAGGGGAGAGAACCAGCGAGCUUCCGAGUAGCAUCCGCCGCCUCCGCCACAUUGCUGCUGCUCCUCUCGCCGCCUCUGAGGGACGGAUCCGGCCCUUCCUGCCUCUCUGUCUCCUUCCCUGCUCCUCCGCUCGUCGUUUCUUUCCCAGCGAGAGGCAGUGCAGUCUCUGUGCGGAGGGGGAGGAGGAGGAGGAGGACGGCGGCGGGGGCUGGGCUGGGGCGGCGGGUGCCGGCGAGAGGCAGAAGAAGGGAGGAAGGGAGGAGGAGGAAGCGGGGGAAAGAGCGGCGGCGGCGGCGGCUGGGCGAGCAGCGAGGAUGGAGGAGAAGGUCUUCACCAAGGAGCUCGACCAGUGGGUGGAGCAGCUGAACGAGUGCAAGCAGCUCUCCGAGGGCCAGGUGAAGAGCCUCUGCGAGAAGGCUAAAGAAAUCUUGACAAAAGAAUCAAAUGUGCAAGAAGUACGGUGUCCAGUCACAGUUUGUGGAGAUGUCCAUGGACAAUUUCAUGAUCUCAUGGAACUUUUCAGAAUUGGAGGAAAAUCACCAGACACAAAUUACUUAUUUAUGGGGGAUUAUGUUGACAGGGGAUAUUACUCCGUUGAAACCGUAACACUUCUGGUAGCUCUCAAGGUCCGUUAUCGUGAACGUAUCACUAUUCUUCGAGGGAACCAUGAAAGCAGACAGAUCACACAAGUAUAUGGCUUCUAUGAUGAAUGUUUAAGGAAAUAUGGAAAUGCAAAUGUCUGGAAAUACUUCACAGACCUUUUUGACUAUCUUCCUCUAACUGCCUUGGUGGACGGACAGAUUUUCUGUCUACAUGGAGGUCUUUCCCCAUCUAUAGAUACACUGGAUCACAUCAGAGCACUUGAUCGUCUGCAAGAAGUUCCACAUGAGGGUCCAAUGUGUGAUUUGCUGUGGUCAGACCCAGAUGAUCGUGGCGGCUGGGGCAUUUCUCCUCGAGGUGCUGGUUAUACUUUUGGACAAGAUAUUUCAGAAACCUUCAACCAUGCUAAUGGCCUUACACUGGUCUCAAGAGCUCAUCAGUUGGUAAUGGAGGGUUACAAUUGGUGUCAUGAUCGGAAUGUAGUAACCAUUUUCAGUGCUCCAAAUUAUUGCUACCGGUGUGGUAACCAAGCUGCAAUCAUGGAACUUGAUGAUACUCUAAAAUAUUCAUUUUUGCAGUUUGAUCCAGCGCCACGCAGAGGUGAACCACAUGUUACUCGUCGCACCCCAGACUACUUCCUGUAACGAGAUUUUACACUUGUACAGUAUUGCCAUGAACCAUGUGUUGACCUAAAGGAUAUGGGAAGAGCAACAGUAACUCCAAAAUGUCAGAAAACAUUUAACAUUGAAACCUGUUUUCACAUGGACCAAAAGAUGUGCCAUAUUGAAAUACAAAGCCUCUUGUCUGUCAGCGACUGUGACCACUUUAGAAUGAACCAGUUCAUUGCAUGCUGAAGCAACACUGUUGGUCAAGAAACCAGUUUCUGGCAUAGCUCUACUUGUAGUUACUUUUGCUUUCUCUGGGAGACUGCAAAUAUUAAGAUGUAGACAUUUAACACCUUGUGAAAACAAUUAACUUUCCAUUUAGCUAUAGCUUUCCAGCAUGACUGUAGAUAAGGAUAGCAAACUAUCAUUGAAGCUUAAUGAACAUUUUAAAUAAGUACCAAGACUGAUUUUCUUAUUUGUGUUCUGAUUUUUUUCCAGGGAAAACUGUUUAAUUUAAUUGUAUGGUUGUUUUGUCUGCACUUGGUUCCCCCACAUUCUUCCCUCACACUUCCCUCUAUAUAAUGUCCCGUGUACUUGUCCAUCAUAGUGAGUUAUUUUGAACAGAACAGGUUUUUUUCUGUAAGAUGUUGCUGCAGAAGAGUGUUGCAGCAUUUUUUCAUAAUAAACUUGUGAACUAAUAAUGGAAGAUAGUUGACUUUUAAAUAUAUUGCAGGUUCAUACCAUGUUGUGUUUAAUAAAAAGUAGCUUUUAUGUCUCUUUGAACCUAUGCAGAAUCCAGAUUAUGCUGAAUGAAGUCAGGAGCAAUGUACUGGGAGUCGAUGUUCAGAUAAUAAAUUCACUUAAUUUUUCUCAGAGAGCAAA